AUGAUAUCUUUGAAUGAUAGUUUCACAAGUUCACCUCUAAGCCUCAUUGCUUAACUCGAAAAGAAUGGGAAAACUCAUUAAUCCAAAUUGAACAAAACAACGCUUUCUAACUACAUUCUUUCAAUAUCAUUAAUGAAAAACAUCACUCUUAGAUUCGCAAAUUUUAAAUUAUAUUAGACUGAAUCGAUGGCUUAAAUUUCAAGAAUAUUGGAGCUAGAAAGUAAGUAUGGACUUAAUUCUUCAAACCCUGAGGUGGGAGUGAGCUUUUUAGUUAACUAGCAUAUAAAAGAGAUCUUAGAUAAAUAUAGCGAUUUCCAAGAAGUUUUAAGAUUAACUUUUACUAAGGAGUUCAAUAAGAUGAUUCUGGCUUGUAUCUUCAUGCCUUUUCUACAUUAGGAAACUCCAAUUAUAAUUAGAAUCCAAAAAUCUGAACUGAAGCUGGAAUUUCUAAGGCCAAAUCCAGAUCUAAUUCAAACUAUUCUGAAAGUUAGAUAAGAUAUAAUAGAUGGAAUUACUAAAUAAUAAGCUAAUAGCUAUAUGAGUAACUCAAUCCUCAAUAGUAAGCCUAUGGUGGGAAUACCAGAAACUGAUCCAUUCAACGAGGACGAUGAAGAUUAAAUAACUAUUGAGAGAUCGAUUGAUACCGUCUAAAACCCAAAUAAUAUAUCUAUUGUAACAAAUAAUAACAUCAAUCUAAAUAAGCUCAAGACUAAAUCUAAAAUAGAGAAUGCAUAUUCUGAUUUUGAUGGGUAAUCAUCUUAAAAUGAAUUUAGCAGACAUGAUAGUAAAAUAGAAAAUGAACAGUAAAAGCAGAUACUUGCCGCUUCGCACUUCACCAACACGAGGUAAUCCUUUUAUCAGUCAAAUAAUCAAAAUAUUACUCCUGUAAACAGAGGAAGCAUAUCGUUAUCAAAGCCUAAAUCUCAAAGUAUGAAUCAGAGAGGUAGAAGAAAUAUAACUCAUUACAAUAUCUAUGGCACUUAGCCUCCGUAGCAAUUGAAUUAAAGCUCAGUUAAUUACUAUUAAACUUAGCCAAAGGAAGUCGAUAGUAAAUUCAUUCUAAGAUACUCUCUUCAGUCAAAUGAUCAGUAGAAAAUAACUCUGAACAGUGAAAACAGCGUGAGAUCACCUAAACUAUCACAGUCAAAGGAAACAACAAGCAAACCUACUAAUUUGACUACUGGUAGACUUUAUCAGAAUAUUGCAACACAAUAAGUUUAUGCUUAGAGACUCUAGCAAAGAAGUGAAUAGAAGGAAAAGUUUUAUGCUGAUUAGCUAGUCAAGAAAUAUUAGAGUGACCCAAUAACCAAUUUGAAAAUGAGAAAUGAAAUUGAAAAUAGAAUAACCUAGAUUUUGGAUUCAUCAGCCAAUAACUUUUCAAUGAUAUACAAUCAUCCAAAAUUGCUAAAUCAGUUUCUUGCUAAAGAAAGGUCUAACUCAUAUGGAGCUAGAUCUAAAAAUUAGUAAACAAGGAAUACAAUGAAUGCCAUUAAAAGCCCAUUUAGAAACCUUAAUCUUUUGUCUCAAUAAAACAUGAGACUCAAUUAAGGUAGCAUAAGUUGA